CAUAGUGGGUUUCGCAGUUCCGCUCUCCGCCCGUCAGUUGUGGGAUAGGCAGACAGUCGGAAGUUUGUGGGAGAUGGGCUGAAAGUCCAGCACAGACAGACCGAACACUGCUGCACAGGAGUUUCACAGCUGCUUAUAAGUGUGGUAAUGCUUAGUUUCAGAAAUGCCAUACGUAGAUCGUCAGAAUCGGAUCUGUGGCUUUCUAGACAUAGAGGAAAUGGAGAGCAGCGGCAAGUUUUUACGACGCUACUUCAUUCUGGACACCCUGGAAGGCAGCCUGGUGUGGUACAUGGAUAACCCUCAGAAUCUUCCAGAAGGAACAUCCUAUGUUGGCUCCCUCAAACUAAUAUAUAUUUCCAAGGUUAGCGAUGCCACCAAAUUGCGGCCAAAGGCAGAGUUCUGCUUUGUCAUCAACGCUGGAAUGAGGAAGUUUUACUUGCAGGCGAAUGAUAAGCAGGAUUUAGUGGAGUGGGUCAGUGCACUCAACAAUGCCACCAAAAUCACAGUGCCAAAGUCAGGUGAGCAGGUGGCCCAUAAUACAGCAGAAGCAUGUGUGGACACAUUGGGUGCCGCGAAACAAGUGUCAUACAAGACCGAAAUCAUUGCAGGAGUGCCCAUCAUCACCACCACACAGGAAAAGGGGGAAGGUCAGAAUGGUGCCGAUAAGAGUGGGAUGAGGAAACCUCCUGGUCAGCUGCCGUUUUACCUGAGCCGGAGCAACCAAGACCAGUCGGUUAUUAAAGCUGGAUAUUGUGUCAAACAGGGAGCUGUGAUGAAAAACUGGAAAAGGAGAUACUUCUUGCUGGAUGACAAUGCACUAAGCUACUUCAAAUCAGACAUGGAGCGAGAGCCGUUACGAAUUAUUCCUCUGAAAGAAGUGAACAAGGUGCAGGAGUGUAAACAAAGUGACUUGAUGAUGAGGGACAAUCUUUUUGAACUGGUUACUACCUCAAGAACAUUUUACAUUCAGUCGGACAGCCCAGACGAGAUGCACGGCUGGAUCAAGGCUAUCUCUGGGGCCAUAGUGGCCCAGCGGGGUCCUGGACGCUCAGCAGCCUCUAUGCGUCAGGCCAGGCGGCUCUCAAACCCUUGUAUACAGAGGUAUACAUCCUGCAGUGGUGAAUGCAGCACGAGCACGCUGAACCCACCUCCAUCUUCUACACCAACGAACAGAGUCUCUCAACUCCUUGCUCACCCCUCCCCACAGAAGUCCAUUACCCAGAAUGCCGUUCCCCCUCGGGCUCUCAGCAUGGCGUGGGAGGCGCCAGAUCUGAACAGCCUGCGCCUGGGGCCACGAACGCGCCUGUCGCUGCAAGAGUCACCACAAAUAUUCUUCAAGUAAAUGCUGACGACACGUCACCAGGGCAAAUCACAAGCGGCGUAACACAGCCUCCGAAUAUCCCACAAGAUAAAGACCUGCAUGUUACCCAGGGUUAACAAUGUAUUUGGUAUAUAACACACACACACACACACACACACACACACACACAUUACAACAAACUGUUAAUGCCAAAAGCAGGACAGGCACUCUGGAUGAAUGUGAAUCGAGCCCAGUGCACCAUGGGAUUGCACCAAUCAAGCUUCUUAAAAAAACUCCAACAUGUUCAAACCAGAAAAUUCAUUGAGACACAAAAACGUUGCUGUUACCAAGUCUAUUAUUUUCCUGUUACGACUAAUAAAAAAACUAUAUUAUAGUUAAUAUUAUAAAACUAUUGUGUUUUUCUCCCUAUUUUUAAAUCUAAAAUACCAUGUACAUAAAGUGAAUUUAGUGAAAUCAGACAAAAAAAAAAACUGGAAAAUAUAUAGUUUCAAUAAAAUAUUUAUUUUUAUUUAGAAAAAGAAAACGGAUAUAUAAUCAAAAGAACUUAAUAUUAAAACAGUAGUUUCUAGUAUUGACCUAAUCAAACUGAUACUGAGAAAUAAAUGAUAUGCUACAUAUUGCUGAUACUGGUAAAGCCACGGAAUCCCAUUUGAAAUAAUCUGGUGUUUUUACAUCAUUUUGGGGGGUUUACAGUGGGUUUACACUUUUGUCCUACAGUAACAUAUUCCUUCUUUAGAUGCCAUCGGGCCUUGGUUGUCUUGUUUUUCAUUGGUAAUUGAAUUUCAUUCUCUUUUUUUAUUGGAAUGAUUUAUGUAUAAAUUGAAUUGGACUUUGUGUUUGACCACAGCAAGCUUCUAGCGAUAUGUUUUGUAUUGCUGUAGAGAGAAUGUGUUUUGUGUUACUAUGUUUCAGUGUAAAACACACUGCCACUCACCAUGAGGCAGCUCUCCUUUGGGAGCAAGACUCUUUUUAGCGGCGCUUCUGUUUGUCAGAUGCAUGUGAACGUUUGACUCUGUAUAUCUAAAAAACACUCCAGAUGUUUGGCAACGUUAGACUUUGCAAAAAGGUUCAAUUUGUUAACAUUAGUUGAUUCAUUUUGUAGGCUAUCGUGUAUUUAGGGUGAAUAGUAAUGUUCCACAAUUAUGAUUAAUAGUUUUAUUAAUAUAUAUAUUUUUAAAAUAAUGUUAAUUCAAUGAUUGUUUGUACUUGAAAUGAUUUUUUCAGCAUAUAACAAAUAAUAUUAGUAUAUGUAGAAGAACAUUAAUCAACACUGUGAGUGUUGUUUAUUGUUAGUUCAUGAUACCUAAUACUGUACAUUACAUAAUGUUAAUUAAUUGAACCUAAAGCACAGACAUUCGCUAAACACUGUUGAAUGGACCCUUUCACAGACUUGUAUUUUAUAAACAUUGAAAAUCUAGCCAAGUAUUUUGUUUUUAUUAUUAUUUUAAAACAUAUUCUCUCUCUCUCUCUCUCUCUCUCUCUCUCUCUCUCUUUAAAUUGUAUGUACUUUUGUACAAAAUGUACAUAACACUAUACUUUGUUUUAUAUUACCUUGCCAUUACAUUACAGUGUGAUUGCACAUGGGGAAGAGGUGAUAUACAGUAUUUCUCUCUUCUGACUGCUGUAAUGAAUCUCUCUAUAUAUUUAGCUUGCUUUGUAAAGUUAUAGAAAUGCUCUUUUGCUACUAAGGCAGAUGGUAACACAAAUAUGUGAAAAGGCUCCAUAUGUUAGUAUUCGUGGGAAUGCGAGUCCGUGAACCCAAUGAUAAAUAAUGUAUGUCGUCUUAUUGUGGAUUCAGACACUGCAACAUGUUUUUUUCAUGUGCAAUGUAUGUAGUUGUCAUUGGCUGGAAAAAUUAUACAUUUUUUAAAUGAAUCAAAAUAAUGGUUUUGUUUUUUGUUUUUUGAGUCAUGGUUUGACUCGGGGUUAGUUAGAAUUAGCUUUAUAUACGUACAGAUUAAGUAUUACAGUUACUGAGUGUGUGUGUGUGUGUUUGUGUGUGUGUGUUCAUUUGUAAAAACAUCUAAAAAAAAGUAAAAUAAAAUAAAAAAAAAUGCA